AUAUUGAGAGCCAUAGAACGAAUUGGGUUACAAAACUUUAUUCGUGCUAUUUUUACAAACGCAAUUACUUGAAUUCAUACAUAUUUGAUUUUGCUACUAUCGAAAUAUGUUCACACCUUUAAUGUUAAAAGACGUUUAAUCAAACUUUAAUCCGUUGUAAAUCGUACUUUUCAAUUUUCCUGCCAAUUAAAUUUAGGUUAUGUGGUGAACUUGUAAAUUCUUCAGUAUGUUACCGUGUUAUAGUUCAAGCGAACAAUAAAUAAUAGCGUCAUUUAGUAACAAUAAAAAUGAGUAAUUCGUCGACUUUUAUAUUUGUAAAAUCGUAGUACUUCCCUUCCAACAAUGGUUUAUAACGGGAGCACUAUGUCAGUUAUGGACUGGUCAAGUGAAGAUAUUAGAUCCUGUUUAAAAAAAGAAGGUGUCGAGGAAGAUACAAUUAUAAUAUUAUGUGAUGAAAAUAAGCUGGAUGGUAAAUGCCUCCUAAUGUUAAACGAAAAUGAUUUUGCUUUGGACCCCAUUAGUAAACUAACACUUCGAGAUAGAAAAAAGUUAUAUUUUUUAUGUAAAAUGUUGCAAAGAGAGAAUCAGAGUGUUUUAGCUGAUCUAGGAGUGUUAGAUAGCCACACUAGCAGUAUAUACAGUCCUCAGACGCAGUAUAACAAAUUAGAAAGUGAAUAUGGUGAUUCUGAAAGAAUAUCUCCUCCAAUAUCAGAAGAUGGUAGACCUCGUUACCCUCCAGAAAAGACGAAAGCAUUGCUUAGUUUGUUAUAUGUUGUUGCUGUGACUUGGAUAACAGCUUUCGUCAUGGUAAUAGUGCACGAUAGGGUUCCUGAUAUGAAGAAAUAUCCACCUCUUCCAGAUAUAUUUUUAGAUAAUGUUCCCCAUAUACCAUGGGCAUUUGAUAUGUGUGAAGUUACUGGAACUAUUCUAUUCACGAUCUGGCUCAUAGUGCUACUUUUUCAUAAACAUAGGUUUAUUCUUAUGAGAAGAUUCUUUGCAUUAUCGGGAACAGUUUUUCUCCUACGUUGCGUCACAAUGCUUAUAACAUCAUUAAGUGUUCCUGGGGCACACUUACAAUGCCAGCCUCGUAAUUAUCUCACGCAGGGAUCGUCGAGCUUCUCUGAUCUGGCGAAAAAAUUCUCUCAAGCUUAUGUGAUAUGGAGGGGCGCUGGAAUGUCUAUACAGGGUGUCCGGACAUGUGGUGACUACAUGUUUAGUGGACACACUGUGGCACUGACAAUGUUAAAUUUUUUUAUUACCGAAUAUACUCCAAGACACAUAUACUAUAUUCAUACCUUCUCUUGGAUGUUGAACAUGUUUGGAAUUUUCUUCAUUUUGGCAGCCCAUGAGCACUAUUCCAUUGAUGUCUUCGUAGCUUUCUAUAUAACCAGUCGUUUAUUCCUUUACUAUCACACUCUCUCGAAUAACCAAGCACUAAUGCAAACGGAUUCAACUAGGACGCGGGUAUGGUUCCCGUUAUUCUCAUAUUUUGAGUCCAGCGUCGAAGGUAUAGUACCAAAUGAAUAUGAAACUCUGAGUGAGAUAAUUAUAAACAUCUGUCAGUUCAUAAAGAGCCGAUACAAUGACAUUAAAAUGCAUGUUACUGUUGCCGCUAAGAGUAGUACCUCUACCAACCAUGUAAUAGAGACUGUUAGUAGAACAAUUACAGAAAAUAAUAAAAAUAAAUGAGUUGUUGGUGUGUGGGUCUUAGAAACAAUUAAAAGUACGAAUUUAAAAAGUAUUAUUAUUUAAUUACAGCUAACGUAUCAUUAUUUGAAGUGGUGCAGAAUUAAAUAAAAUAAUAAGCAACAGUAUUGCUGAAAUAAUUUAUUUAAUUAUCAUGUACUGUAAGUAAUAAAAUUUUAAUUACGUUAAAUUUGAACUGCACUAUUACAAAUAUUAUUACCUUUACUGAUUUUGGAUACUAAUAAGGCUGAUAUUUAUUACGAAGUGUUCAUGAAUUCUCUUUUAUUAUAAAAUUUAUUUAUUAUCUUUUUGCGUUUGCAAUUUCCAAAAAUACCAAAGACUUCCACUAUGUUAGGAUUGCUUCCAGAAAUUAAUUUCAUUUAUCCAAUUGGAGAUGGAUAUGUAUACAAAAUUGUUGAAGCAAAUUAUCAAUACAUAUAUACUUUAAUUGCUGUAGUUUAUUGUUUUGUAACGUGUUAAUAAAAGUUUCUUUCGUGUUCAAAUGGGACCAUUUUCGAUUUAUCAAAAGAAGCUAUUGUUUGUUAUUUAUGAACUAUAUCAUAGUCAUUUUUGUUAUUAAAAAAAAAUAUUUAUAUUUUGUGUAAAU